CUCAUUGGCCAUGUACGCAGCAUUUGUCCUUUUCUGGAGUACGCUUGUCGCUGGCGAUAUCGUGCAGGAUCUUUUCGACGCCCACAACCUCGCCCGGAAGCACUACGGCAUUCCCGAGUUUGCGUGUCUCGAUAGCCAGCUCAAUACGCUCAGCCAAGGCCACGCCGACUACGAAGUGAGUCUGGGCGCACUCAACCACGAUGGCUUUGACGCGCGCUGUCUGGGUGUGAGCAACCGAGUCUCGUGCGGCGAAAACACGCUCUUCGACUACGUCGACGACGGUAGCGCAAUGACCGAGAGCUGGAUGGCAUCGCCGCCCCACCGCCUCAACAUCCUCAACGCCAACUACACCCAUGCGGGCUUUGGCGUCAAGCAGUCGAGCACGACCGGCAAGUGGUUUGCCACGGCGCUUUUUGCCAGUGCCAACCCCCACAAGGAGGCGAGUUGCGUCCAAAGCGCUGCCGAAGCUGUCGUUGGCACCAGCAUUGCAACAACAAAGCACCACCACCACAACCACCACAAGACGCACCCUCCAUCAACGUCCCAGCGAGCACUGCGCACCACCGAGUAGCAAAGGGUACUAUGUAUACUUCGUAUUGGCCAUCAC